AUGAAUGUAAAUGCGAAUCGUUCUAAAGAUUUUGAUCGUGAUGGAUAUAUGGUCUUUGAGGAUUUUUACAGCCCGGAGGAAGUUGAUGAAAUGCGCAAGGCUGGACGUGCUUUUCCAUUUCAAGCACCCAAAGAGGAUCGUUGCUCAUUUCAGAAUCAGUCAACGGAUCAAUAUUUCAUAGAAUCUGGAGAUAAAAUUCGUUUCUUUUUUGAGAAAAACGCUAUUGGACCAAAUAACGAAUUGUUGGUUCCUGAAGAACAUUCUUUAAAUAAAGUCGGACAUUCUCUACAUGUUGACCAUCCAGUCUUUAGAAAAUAUACUUUUGACAAUAGAAUUAGAGAAUUGUGCUGGCAAUUAGGACUUCAAAGGCCAGCUGUAGCACAAAGCAUGUACAUGUUUAAAAAUCCAGGCAUCGGUGACGAAGUAGCAUCUCAUCAAGAUGGAAGUUAUCUCCACACAGAGCCAUCAUCAGUCAUUGGUUUCUGGAUUGCACUCGAAGAUGCAACAUUGGAAAAUGGAUGCUUAAAGUUCAUCCGAGCAUCACAUAAGAAUGGAAUUCAUCGUAGAUUCAUUCGCAAUCCUGACCAGAGUUCAUCGGAACUUUUGAUUUACGAUAAGCCUGCCCCAAUUUAUCAGUUAUCAAAUUUCACAACAGUUCCAGUCAAAAAAGGAACAUUAGUCAUAAUUCACUCUCAGGCUGUUCAUCGCAGUGAAACAAACAAAUCCAAAAAGUCUCGUGAUGCUUACACGUUCCACGUUAUAGAAACAAGAGGAACACGAUAUGCUAGUGACAACUGGUUACAGCCACCAGAAUCUUUCCCAGUUCUCUACGAACGUUAAAUUUUAUUUUUUAUUUCUUUCAAUUUUUUAGCAUAAUGGGAUCAUUUGUUCAGGCAACCUUAUACAAAAAGACUUGAAAUUAUUUUCUUUUUAUUGUUUUCUUUAUGAUGCACAUGUUUAUGAAAAUUGUUAUGCAUAUUUUUU